CUCGUCUACUGAGCCCGUAGUACUCAAGAUUUGACGAACCGUCAAAGGCGAUUAUUAUCAGUAUCUCUGUGUUAUAAUUUGUCAGUCAUUUGUAAGUUCCGUACGAAGUAUUAUUCAAAAUGCCUUUAAAAAUCAAGUCUAAAGCAGUGAAAAGUCCAAAAAGUGUAAGGAAAAUUGAUAAGAAUAGAAAACGAAAAAGGAAGGAAAGUUACGCAAUAUAUAUUUACAAAGUAUUAAAACAAGUACAUCCAGAUACUGGAAUUUCUAGUAGAGCCAUGAGCAUAAUGAACAGUUUCGUAACUGAUAUAUUUGAAAGAUUAGCUGCUGAAUCAUCACGAUUGGCAAUUCACAACAAAAGAGCUACGAUUAGCUCUCGAGAAAUUCAAACCGCUGUACGUUUAUUAAUUCCUGGCGAACUUGCCAAGCAUGCUGUUAGUGAAGGAACAAAAGCUGUUACCAAAUAUACCAGUACUACAUAAUACAACGUUUAAUUUACGAAAAAAAAAAAAAAAAAAAAAAAGAAAAGAAAGAAAAAGAUUUACGAAAACAAAUAAAAAUGGCCCUUUUAAGGGCCAA